AUGCAGUCGCUCCCCGAUGCGCGAUCGCAAAGCUUCGAGGAGCUCUACGGCCCUCCCGAGAACUUUCUGGAGAUCGAGGUCAGAAACCCAAUGACACACGGCGUUGGCCGUGGCAUGUACACAACCUACGAAAUCGUAAUGCGAACCAACAUCCCCGCCUUCAAGCUCAAGUCGUCGACGGUGCGCCGCCGCUACAGUGAGUUUGAGGCUUUCCGCGAUAUCCUCGAGCGCGAGUCGGCGCGCGUCACAAUACCACCGCUGCCGGGCAAGGUCCUCACCAACCGCUUCUCCGACGAUGUGAUUGAGCACCGGCGCGAAGGCCUACAGCGCUUCCUCCAGAUUGUCGUGGGCCACCCGCUGCUGCAGACGGGCAGCAAGGUCUUGGCCGCAUUCGUACAGGAUCCCAACUGGGACAGACACGCAUGGUAG